GAAGAGAGUAAAGUGUACGCAGUUCAUACCACUACAUCAGAUAAAGUAGAGAGAUUGUUUCAAUAGACUCUCGGCUCAUGAUAAAUUACAGUAUAUCAAGCAGUAUAUCAAGCAGAGAACAUAAAAACAAACAACAAAAUACGGUAACACGCCACUAUAUGAUAGAAGAAUCAACCCUCUUUAGGUUGAUUGAGUCCUUCAUGACAUCAUGUCUCUUACUAAUAAAUACUAAGCUAACUUCAAAUAAUUAACUACAUAUCCUUUUCUUCAAUCUCUCAAAUUCUUUCUUCUUCCUCUAUCCACAAAAAGUCAAAAUUAAAUUAAACCCUCCAUUUUUUUUUUCUCCACCAUGAACAACACAACUAUAGAAGAUGGUGAAAGACCUAAUGAUAUUGAAUUAAGUGAUAAAACUUUUGCCAAGAAUUAUGGCUAUGGAAUUGGACUUGCACUUGGAAUCCUAAUAUUAUUUUCAGUCAUGGCUUAUUUAUUUAUUCGAUUGCGAUCGCACAACAAUUCUAACGUGCCUAAUAAUCCAUCAUCUUCUUCUCAUGGUAACUCCAAUAAUAUGGCCACUAGUACUAUUGAUAAUGAGUUGGUUUUUGUUCAACAAGGUAUUGUUGAUGAAGAAAUUUUGAGAAAUUAUCCAAAGUUAUUGUAUUCUCAAGCAAAAGUUCAUUAUCACAAAGAGGAUAACAAUAACAAUAUUGAUGAUGAUGAUGUUGCUUCUGGAUGUUCAAUUUGUUUGGGUGAUUAUAAAGACAAUGAUAUGUUAAGGUUAUUGUCAAAUUGUGGACAUAUAUUUCAUGUCAAAUGUAUUGACCCUUGGCUAAGGCUUCAUUCAACUUGCCCUAUUUGUAGAAAUUCUCCAAUACCAACUCCAUAUUUGUAAUAAGGUGAUUAUUUUUUUUUUAAUCAUUCGGUAUUUGAAACUUUAUGUUAUGUUCGCGUUUGUGAUGAGCAAAUUCUACUGAAGGGAAAACACUCUCUACCAAAAUUUAUUCGUUUUUAUGGCUUGAACCAACACUUCUGAUUAAGGAUAAAGGAAUCUCAUUUGUCCCACCACGGAGUCAUCAACCAUUUUAUUCAAGAGGAUAUAUGGUUUCCCUUCCUUUUUUUUUUGGUUGUAAAAAAUGCAAAUGACAACACAAUUUAGGUUAUUUAGAUGUAGGGAUAUUAAGUAAAUACUACCAAAGGGAAUAUAAUUUUGGCAAAAUGCCAUCUUCAAUUUUUUUUUUGUCCAUUUGUGUUAGUAAUUUUAUAUUCAAACAAGCAUAAAUUAUACCUAGAUUUGUCCCUUUGUGUCCCUCUAUUUUUUUCUUACAAAGAUUUUGUACUCUUCUUAAGAAAUAUAUUUAGUAACUUUAGAUUUGUCUUUUAUUUAAAUGUUUCACUUAAUUAACAUUCUAUCGACG